UAAUGUUAUAGCAGAUGUGUGUGUGUGUGUGUGUUUUGACUUUUAUUGCUGCGUGUUUACAUUUUUAAAACUAAAAAUGAGCGCAGGAGCAGAUGACAGAGCGAGUUAAAGAAUCUGCGCACCUGGAGGAAAAAAAAAAAAAAAACACAUUUCCGCUUCCGGUCUUUUUGAAUUAUUACCGGAUGUGUUGGCAAAAUGUAAUAGAAUACAAUCGGCUGUUUAGCGCUAAUGCUAAAGCGACCCUUGGUUCAGUGAGCUGUUGACCUGAGCAUGGUACAGUGACCAGCGUGUUAUAAGCGGCUCUUUCAGAAACGUGUCACAGCAAACUCUCAGUCAUCCAGCCACAGCAAUCUGGCCUUUGACAGUCACUCUGAUCCACCUGCCAGUGUAUGUCUGUCUCCUUGACAGGUGCCAAAAGAUGAGCACCUUCUAAGACUGUUCUGUGAUGGAGAAAGAAGGUGUGGAUGACAAGCAGCUGCUCAGCAGGACAGGUACCACAGACAUUUCUGACACCAGUGUCGGACAAGCCAGAAGUGAUCCUGUGAAAAGCCUGGAUGAUCCUUCAGUGGACUGGUUUGAGCCUCUGGAGGAGGACUGGGAGGCUGAUGACGAUUCACAGAGCUUGGAUAUAGAUGGGGCCAGGGAUGCUGAGAUCGAAAGUCUAGCAGGAGAGAGUGAAAGAAGCGGCAGUUUCGCUGGAAGUGAGAGAAAUGACAAGGGAAAAAGCAGUGGUACUGCUAUACGGAAAAGAAAAAGGAAAUGGCGAUGUGGUUCCUAUGACGGUUGGGAGGAUUGUACUAAUCUUGGAUACGGCUGGAAACGCAAAGUUGUUUUCCGACGUUCUGGUGUAAGUGUGGGGCAGAGAGACGUCUACUACUUAAGCCCUAAAGGUGAACGAGUGAGAAGUAAGAUUGAACUGCUCAAAGCCAUUGGGAAUACUGUGGACCUUACAAACUUUGACUUCAAAACAGGAAGAUUUCAGGAUCUUGAACCUUCGAAAAGAGUGACAAAGAGGAAGAAGUUGGACCACAGUUCCCCAGCUGAAUGUGGGUUCUCUUCAGAGUCCAGUUUUCCCAAUGAGGCAACAGAGGCUUAUGACAGAACCUACAGUCCAGGACCUACAUAUAGUCUCAGUCACACUGCUCUGCAUAGGCUCAGUCCUUUCUCAAAUCAAAAAGAUGUUCGCAGUGUUCCCAAUCCUGGCACAUCUAACGAGCUCCCCGGUCAGGCUCUCCUAAUCCAACCUGCAUCCCCCACAAAGCAGAAUGUCCCUUCUAGAACAGGCUUUCUUCUGCAGACUUUAAAAGUACCUGCUAAACAGGCGGAUGUACUUCACUAUGUUCCAUCUAACUCCUGUCUUGGUGUCUGUGUAAGAUGUAGAAACCCCUUUACCAUUAUAGAGGGACGGACUAUGUGUGAAAAAUGCAGCAAAGCAUGCAAUGCCUCUAAAGAUAACCGCAACAUUACAUUUAGAAAAUGGCUUCCCUGUGGGUUUUGUCAAGCGUGUCAGCUCACUGAGGAUUGUGGGGUUUGUGCCAGCUGCAGGAAUGGAAAACAGAAUCCUCAAUACAGAAGGCCUAUUAGGUGUCGUAAGCGGAAAUGCCUGUGUCCAUCCCUAAAGAGAAGAGCAGAUUGUGUGCCUCCUGUGGAGCAGAGUGGUUCUACAGUUCAUACGCCGGAAAGACUAGAAACGACAAACACUGCUUCCAAGCCAUCGCUGCCAGACUUUAAGGAAUCACAGUACAGUGACUCAGAUGACCAGUCACCAUUUUAUGAAGAAAAUGACAGUGAGGGACUACUGAGGAAGUUUCGGCGCUCCUGUGGACGAUGUAAAGGCUGUGUGGCGAAAGCAGACUGUGGAACCUGUGAUUACUGCAUAGACAAACCCAAAUUUGGUGGAAGCAAUAAAAAAAGACAGAAGUGCCGUCAGCGUCAAUGUCGAAGAGAAGCUAAGGGAUGGAUCACUUCUGUCAGAUCAAAACCACAUUAUGCUUACAGUCAUACAGUUCUGCGACAGAACAGCGAAAAGUGGGACUUUGAGUUCUCUGACAAUGAAUGUGAGAGGGAAAGAAUUGCAAAAGGUUCUCUUGUUGGGGUACGCUAUGUGGAGAAAGACAAGCAUUUCAUCGCCAAUUACAAUGGACAGAAUGCAGAAACUGAGGCAAGCCAGGCAUUUUCUGGUGAUCAUCUUUUUCAUCUGUUCUGUGAUGAGUGGACUAGAGUAAAUGACCGGACGUUGCAGAGCUCCACAGAGGAAACCGAUGAAGAUGAAAUGGAGCCAACGAUCACACAAAUUUUAAGCCUGGGGGGUGACAUUGUUGAUGAUGGCCUGGACCUGGAGCUGCUGGAGCUCUUGGCAUCCCUUCGUGAUGCUCCGCUGCCUGUCUUAUGGUGUGCCGUGCUGGCCGAGGGCCCACGCUUGCAGCUUCUUCAGUGCUCCAAGCUCUCAGCCAUGGCAGACACAACGGUGCAGAUUGAACCAAGCUUUCGUUACCACAUCAGUGUUCAGGGACAACCUCUGCUGCCCACUCACUGGCUAUAUCACGCUCACCCGGCUCGACUCACCUCAGUGGCACAGGUUGCAACUUUGCUACAAGACUUAGAGCGUUACUCUGUGUGCCGAGGCUUUAAAAGUGAGCCUGUAUCUGGUUCUGAGCCUAUUGUCCAGGUCCGGGCAGCCACUUGUGAAUUUCUUGUGGUGCCAGAGAGCCAGUGCUGUGCUAAGUGUAAGAGUACACAACAGAAACACUGAACAUGCAUUACCGAUUGACUACAGAACACUCGUUUCUACCAACCUCGGUUGGCUUAUAGGUUACAUCAGUAUUUGUACCUGGAACAAAGGACAUUUAAGAAAUCAGAAAAGUUAAUACUUUGUUUCUUCAGUUUGCCCAGUGAUAAUGAACCCUGCUACUAACUAUGCUAUGCUGCUCAGAAUGCACAUGCAGUGUGCACAGCACAGCCUUUAUUUUAUUAUAAUACUGUAUAAUUAGUCACCAUUUUCUAAGGAGGUACAUAUGAUUUAUUUUAAAGUUCAUUAUUUAUUUACACAUUGUGUGGUACCUUUUUCCCACAUCAUAGUUUGGAUCAACCUGAGAGACCCAGCCAAUAACUUAAGUUUGUUUUUGGUUAAUGUUGAUUUGGAUGCAGUGAGAGCAAAACUUUUUUAUUCCACGGAAUCUGUGUUGACUAACAGUCAUUUCAAGAAAAUAGUGUGUAAUGGACUAGUCAUGUUCAUGUUGUUUUGUGUUUUUUCACCAAGAAAACAUUCCUUUGUAUCUUGCUUAACAAUGUGCUAGAGGUUUGUCAGUUUGGAAGAAAAAAACCUCGCCUUUUAUUUAAAAGACAUGUGCAAGUUUUACAAAUGAGACUGCUGUAUAUAGAAGUCACACAAAUUUUACCUGACACAUCUGUAUUAGAUGCCUGUUCUGGCUUAUAAUGAUUUUUAUGUUCCUAUUCUUCUCAGGGCCGAGAUUUCAGAAUGCAAACUUAACUACAGACAGCAACACAUUCUUUAUGAUUCAGAAAAAUACAACUUUUUUCGACCAAAUGAUGACUUUUGUAUGUUACAGAUAAAUAAUAGGUUUUUUUUAUGUUUGUGCAGAUGCAUUUUUUAGGUUUGUGCAGAUGCAAUUCAAAUAUGUAAACAAAUUUUGGUUUAAUAAAUCAGCUUAUUAAA